GUUUGCAAAUGAUGUCGGCGAGGGUUAAAACCAACUUUGCAGGAGAUAAACGUGCCCGGGGAUAAAGGGGAAGGUAAUGAAGAAGAGGAGGCAGGAACCAACAUGGUGGUUGGCAAACCUGGCGGGCACUGGGAUGAAAGAAGGCUCCAGUUUAAAACGUUUCUGUGGAACCCAGCCAAGAAAGAAUUCAUGGGAAGAACAUCCAAGAGUUGGUCUCUUAUUCUAGUGUUUUAUGUCUGUUUAUAUUCCUUCCUGGCUGGGAUGUUUUCUCUGUGCUUGUAUGGGAUGCUAUCAACAUUGAGUCCAUAUACACCAAGAUAUCGUGACCGUGUCAACAAUCCAGGGGUGAUGAUACAACCAAAUAUUGGUGGAUUUUCAAUCACGUUCAACCUAACAGAUGAGACUACAUGGUCGCAGUAUGUGAAAAACUUGCACCAGUUCCUUGCACCUUAUAACAAUAGUAUCCAGGCUACUAAGAACAUUCCAUGUUCCCCUGGGGGAUACUUCAUGCAAGACGGUGAUGAAAGUGAAGAAAGACUAGCUUGUCAGUUUAAUCGAACGAUGCUGGAAAACUGUUCUGGAAUUGAAGAUCCAACUUUUGGAUACUCUAGAGGAAAACCCUGCAUUCUUCUAAAGAUGAACAAAAUCAUUGGUUACUUGCCUGGCAAAGGGACGACACCUUAUGUGAGUUGUGAAAUCAUGAAAGGAAAGAACAAUGUUACAAUUCACUUCUACCCAAAUGAUGGAACUUUUGAUCUCACGUACUUUCCUUAUUAUGGCAAAUUGACACAUGUAAAUUACUCAACCCCACUGGUGGCAAUGCAAUACGAACAUAUGGAGAAAAACUCUAAAGUCAACAUUCAAUGCAAAAUAAAUGGACCUGGCAUCAAAAACAACAUCGUUCAAGACAGAUUUUCUGGCAGGAUUUUCUUCAGUCUUUACAUUGAGGAAUAA